CCAUGGCGGUGCGGCUGCUGCUGGCCCGGGCGCUGCGCCUGCUGCCUCGCUGCCGCUGGGCCCCCCGCGCCGCCCGCCCCGAGCCCCGCCCCGACCCCCGGCCCGCUCCGCCGCCCCCGCUCCCGCCGGCCCGACCAUGGCUCUCCUGGCUGCCCGCUGCCUGCCGCCUUCUUUUCCUGCGUGGGCCCGCCCGCGGGUUAGCGUCCGUGGCGCGGCGAGGAGGAGGCGGCGGCGGCGGCGGAGGAGUCUGCCUGGCGCUGGCCAUGGCGCUGGGGCUGGUGGAGCCGCGGCUGGAGGAGCAGCGACGGGCAGAGUCGGCCUGUCGGCACAUCCAGACAGUGUUUGUUGGAAAGAACAAGCCCCAGAAAGAUCCCCUCAGCUCCUCCCGUUGGCAGGGCUUCAAGCUGGAGGAGUAUCUCAUUGGGCAGCCCAUUGGGAAGGGCUGCAGUGCUGCUGUCUAUGAAGCAGCCAUUCCUUUCUCUCCUGGGCAGCUGACAGGGCAGGGUAGAGGCUCAGCUGAAGAGGAACCUGUAGAGAGACAGCAACCAAAAGGAGGUUUUCCCUUGGCCAUCAAAAUGAUGUGGAACAUCUCGGCUGGUUCGUCCAGUGAAGCCAUCCUGGAUGCCAUGGGCCGGGAGCUUGUCCCAGCCACAGGCCUUGCCUUAGCUGGAGAAUAUGGAGCAGUCCCUGGCUGCAGAAAGCCUGUCCUUGGGAGGAAGAAGUUGCAGCCUCAUCCAAACAUAAUCCAGGUGAUCCGAGCCUUCACCUCCUCUGUGCCCUUGCUGCCUGGAGCCUUUGCAGACUACCCUGAUGUGCUUCCACUCAGCCUGAAUCCCAGAGGCAUUGGCCACAGCCGCACACUCUUCUUGGUGAUGAAGAACUAUCCCUGCACCCUGCGUGAAUACCUGAAGGAGAACAGUCCAGAUGUUCCUCUCUCCACCAUGAUGAUUCUCCAGCUGUUGGAAGGUGUGGACCAUCUCGUCCGGCAGGGAAUAGCGCACAGAGACCUGAAGUCUGACAACAUCCUGGUUGAAUUUGAUUCUGCUGGCUGCCCCUGGCUGGUGAUCACAGACUUUGGCUGCUGCUUGGCAGAUGACAGCAUCAGCUUGAGGCUGCCUUUCAGCAGCGCCUACGUGGACCGGGGCGGCAACGGCUGCCUCAUGGCACCCGAGGUGAUCACAGCAUCCCCAGGCCCGGGCACAGUGAUCAACUACAGCAAAGCUGACGCCUGGGCCGUGGGAGCCAUCGCCUAUGAGAUCCUGGGCCUAGCCAAUCCCUUCUAUGGCCACGGGGGCUCCUCGCUGGAGAGCAGGAGUUACCAUGAGGACCAGCUGCCCAGGCUGCCCCAGCAUGUGCCCCUGGAGGUGAAGCAAGUGAUCAAGAUGCUGCUGCUGAGGGAUCCUGACAAGAGGUUGUCUGCCAGAGUGGCUGCCAACGUGCUUCACCUCAGCCUCUGGGGGGAGAACAUUCUGGCCUCCCAGACCCUGAAACCUGACCAGAUGGUCUCCUGGCUCCUCUGCCAGUCUGCAGCUGCCUUGCUCAUGAACAGGCUGGUGGAUAAAAGCCUGGUAGAAACCAAACUGAAGAUGUGCUUCCUGGCAAACCUGGAGUAUGAAGAGCUCUGGGCAGCAAUAUUCCUCUUACUGGCCUGGAGAGGCUGAUCUGGGUGAAGACUCACCCAGGAUACAACAUGUGGUAGAUAAACAGCACUUUAAAGGCACAUAGGAACCUCUCUGUCUGCUGGCACCUCCUAGAGCUUUAGGGAACCAGACUGGGUUGAAGAGCUUGAGUUUCUCCCUAGCCAGCAUUAGUACCCACUGCUUUUCUCUCCCUGCUAGAGGAAGUCCUCUAGCUGCAUCACCCUCAUGGUGUGAGCAUCUUGCAGGUGUCUUGAGGUAACCUGGUUGGGUUUGGUCACAUUUGGGAGUUUUUCAGUGACCUCUGAGUCCUGUGUUGUGUGAAGGAAGUCCCCUUUCAGAGGAGGCACUGGCUGGCUGCUCUUCACAGGGAUUUGAACAGUAGACUUGAGAAGGCCAAGCUGACAAAGGGAUGUGCAGUCUUAAGGAAGGCAGUGAUCACCUCAGAGUGCUCUUCUGCAGCCCCAAACAGAAGUUGCCAUAAAAUAACAGCCCCAAAGCCUCUUUGAAGUGCUGCAGCAGCAGCAGCUCGCAGUGAUGCACCAUUAAAACAUCCAUCUGGUGGGACACAAAAGACUUUGAACUCAAAAGCCACUUAGAUUUGUUUCUUUCCCAUCAUAUCUGUGCAGUGACUGCUAGGAUGGGGUCCCAGGCAGCCAGGCUGUGCACAGUUAGGGAUGAUACUGCAGGGGAAGUGGGGUUGACCUGCUGGAAGAGUUCAGAGUGAUGUUCUUCAGUCUUACCCAUGUGUUCUCCCUGUUCAACAGGGGCAAUCCCUUGGUCAGGGAAGACAGGAGACAAGAAGCAGCAUGUUUAUGAAAACAUCAUUUGGUUUUUGUGUCUGUUACUGUGUUUAGAGACCUUGGGGUGUGUAGGGGGAACAUUUUUGCCUGUUGCACAGUAAACUGAAGAUUUAA